CUUGAUUUGUAGACAUCCAAUUCAUCUCCUAUUCCCAUUACCCACUCAUGAGUGGAGUUUGAAUAUACACGGAAGUGUGGAAACGAACAUUUUUUUCCCCAACGAAAAUGCCGAGAGUUUGAGAAGAAGGUCUACCAGAAAUGGCCGAACGAACCCUUGUUACCUCUUCUUCGCCAGCUCUCGAUCUCGAUUCACUACGCAGUCGAAUCGUGGAGUUUAGAGAUAUCUUACGAAACUCCAAGGAUGCUCCUGAACAUUCCUCUUCAGAUACGGAGAAAUUACUGAACGAGUGUUCUCUUCAGUUCGAGAGCAAAAUAGAUCAAAUACUAUCAGUCACAUCAGAUAUAGACUUAUUAGCUAAUAGGGAUAUAGAUGAGCUUGUGGGGUAUUUUCAAAAUGAGCAAAGCUCCUUGGAGGGUGAAAGUGAAGAAAUGUCAAAGGAAAUUGAGGAACUUUCUAGAAGAUGUGCGGAAGAAUCUGAGAAAUUGGGAUGCGAGGUUGAAGGUUUAUGCUGUUCGUUGGACCUUUUGGAAUCACAGAGAUUGAAGCAGGGGGGUGACCAUGCAUGUUGCUCAGGAGAAAUAGAAGAUGAAGAGAACUUAACAAGCACACAAGAGGAAUUUAAUUUCAAGCUUUUAGAACUUAGCAAUCAACUUGAGAAGAGCAAAAUAGCUUAUAAGACAUUGCAAGAUCUUGAGGGCGCUUUCAAGAGGUUGGAAGCUAUAGAAAUGCUUGAUGGUACACUUAAUGGUCUACAUGUAGCUAAAGUUGAUGGGAACCACAUCAGUUUAUCUCUUAGGACAUGCAUCCCCAACAAUGAUGGCUCAUUGUGUCAGGAAAAGGUUGAUAGUUCUUCUGGGUUGUUUGAUCAAUACCACAAAUUGGAAAUAGAACUAGUGGAGGGUACAAUGGAGCUGAAGCAUGCCGAGAUAUACCCCAAUGAUGUACAAAUAGGAGAAAUUGUUGAUGCUGUAAAAUCAUUCAGGCAGCUUUAUUCUCCAAUGCUAGACCAUGAGGGCAGAGCUUACCUGGAAUGGUUUGUCAGAAGGGUACAAGAUCAAAUUGUUCUUUCAAAAAAGAACCAAUAAGCCAAGGACAUGGCUAGCUUACUGAGCACAGUCACCGACUCACCGCAGUCUAUUACUGAUUCUGUGGUUCGAGGCUGAUGAUAUGAAUUAGUUCAUAUUUGCAUCAUGGUUUGUAUGUUAGUUAUUCGAUCUCAUAUGUACAUUUUAACCACCUUUUUCGCUGUCAUAGUUUUUAUCUUUUGAUUUGAUAAUUUAACAUUUCUUGUCUUGUAAUACUCGCAUUUGUUCUCGUUUCUCACGCUUUACGUAUCAAAUUGAAUGUUUGAUGCAUAUGCUUAA